CUCAGUACUCAACGAAGCUUCAAUAAUGGCACAUCGUGAAAUAUUAAAAGUGAUUGAGAAGUUUGAACUAGACAAGUUAAUCCAUGAACACAUUAAGAAAACUGGCACCGAUGAGUCUUUUUUCAUUGUAAAUGUUGGUGAUAUAGUUGAGAAAUUCAUUCUGUGGUAUGAUUUGAUGCCAAGAGUCGACCCGGAUUAUGCUUUUAAAUGUAACAAUCAUCCGUUUGUUGUUGGAACUUUGGCAGCUUUGGGGGCUGGGUAUGAUUGUGCCAGCCGUGGUGAGAUUGAGAAGGUACUUGAAAUGGGAGUUGGCCCAGAAAAAAUUGUUUUUGCUCAAACCGUUAAACCAGUCAGUCAUAUAAAUUACGCAAAAGACAGAAAUGUUCGCCUGAUGACGUUCGACAACGAAGAUGAACUUUACAAGGUCAAGAAACAUUUUUCUGAUGCUGAACUUUUAAUUCGUCUUCGUUUCGAUCCUAAAAGUACAAACAAGAUUUCCUUCGGUGAAAAAUUUGGUUGCAUGCCAGGCGAAGCAAGUGAAUUCCUGUUAAGAAAGGCUACAGAACUCAAGUUGAAUGUCAAGGGCGUAGCUUUUCACAUCGGCGUGGGUUGUUUAGAAUACGAGAUUUUCAUUAAAGCAAUUAAAGAUUCAGCAGCUGCUUUUAAAUAUGGAAAUUCACUGGGCUUAAAAAUGGAUCUUUUGGACAUUGGAGGCGGAUAUCCGGGAAAAGAAACCGAAACGAUUACAGGAGUUUCUAAAGCUGUUAACGAGAGUUUCAGGAAAUAUUUUGAUGGUGCUCCACUUAAAAUAAUUUCUGAGCCUGGAACUUAUUUUACGGAGAAAUCUUUCACACUCGUGGCAAAUGUUCAUUCAAGGAAUGUGAAAAUCGAUGAGAAUGGUGAUGAGAUUUUUCAUUAUUACAUCACUGAUGGUAUUUACCAGAGUUUCAACAUGAAUUCAUUACAUGGAGUUGACAUUGAUGUAAGAACAUUGAAGGAAACUCCCAAGGAGACGCCAUUGAAGAAAAGCAUCAUUUGGGGACGUGCUUGUGACCCGCACGAUAUCGUCUUGAAAGAUAUUCUUUUACCCGAACUGCAAUGUGGUGAAUGGUUGAUUUUUGAAAAUUCUGGAUCCUACAGAAUCAGCACAAGUACAUUUUUCAACGGUUUUCCAAACCAUCCAGUUUAUGGUUUCAUAGAGAAGAAAAUUUGGGAGACAUUCAAUAAGAUGAGAGUUCCACAUAUCAAGCUAAUGUACGAUGUCCACGAAUGAAGGCUGGGUUGAGAAUCAAGAACUCCAACAAAUAAUUUAAUUACAUAAUCUUGCGUAAUAAAAUUUACUUUGAGCUUCAAUAAACAUAACUUUGAAGAUUUUACAGAUAAAG